CGCGACUCUGUGUGCCGCGGCAGUCGGUCCAGCAGUGUGCGUCCGUGCCGGUCGUGCACCCCCCGUUGCCACGAGAAGUUCUCCCUUUCACGGACGCUCCCUCGUGUGUGCAGAACUCGGUUUCAUGCUCGGCUCCGCGCAGCACACCCGCGCGCACGGUGCACCGCGGCUACGUACGAUCAUUCGGGUUCAAUUAAUUUGAAUAAAAUGAAGAUUCAAAAGUUAAAUGCUUUGCUCCGAACAUCUUUACUGGUCGUCCAGUUGAUUAUCAUCGCCUUGAAUAUAUGUUUGAUAGUUGUAGUGAUCAACAAAAGAAAAUGCAGGACAAUUUCAUCAAGUAUGUGGACUUUAUUGGUAACUAUUAUAAUGGGCUCAAUCAUAUUGGAUAUCGAAGUGCUUGUCCAAUACUUCACGCCGACACUACCACUGUGCCUCUUGUCACCGUGGAUACGGGAAUUAGGAUUCGUCAUAUUAUAUGGUGCCAUCGAUCUGAAGUUGUAUAGGAUUUUGAUGCAAUUUCGAACCCGAAAAGCACAUUGCUGGACAAUCAGCGAUAAAGAUCUGUUGAAAUACCUGAUGUUCGCAAUUGUUGUGGUAACCGUUUAUCUCGCUGCCUGGACCGCGUCUAGUCUAAACUUUUUCAACGAAGGUUGGGUUCUACUAAUCAAAAUUCAAACCAAAGAUGGAAUUCCGCAUUUUAUGUGCAAACCUCAGUGGUGGAAUCACGUUACGGAAUUCGGUGAGCUGAUGAUUUUGACCGUGGGCCUGUACUACGGCAAUUCGGCACGUAACGCUAACGUGCAGUUCGACGAACGCCGUUUUCUUUUUUACGCCAUAACGGUGGAAUUGACGUUCAGCACCAUCUUCAAUGCCGUCCGUACCGUGUACCCCGUACCGUUUCACCAGGACUUCACGUUUGUGGCCGCCUUUUUGCGCAGUCUGUUGACCAACACCUUAGCGCUGUUCAUCAUAUUUUUACCAAAGGUAUGGUAUCAAAAAAAAGUGAACGCUGAACUUCGAAAUGCCUCUAUGAAUCAAGAACUGUCUGAUUCAUUGAAACCUGAGAUAAUCGAUAAAGACUUUAGAGAUAUGAAUAUCUCAGAAAUGACUGCGGAUGAAAUAAGGGAAGAAUUCAAUCGUGUGUACGUCCAAAUGGGAUUAUUACGGGAUAAAACUAUAUGUAAGAAAAACCCUCAUAUAUCUAAAAGAAAAGGUGGAAAGAAAUUGCCACAUAGACGAUUUUCAUUACAGAAGAAAGGAAGCAAAGAUAAGUCGUCAAUAAAAAUCAGGAAAAAAAACAAGGACCUAGACUCGUCAGAGAUAAGUGAAACGAACGAUGCUUACGAAGUGUCCAAAUCUCCUGAAGACUCGGUGGUUAGCAACGAAGACGUAGCUCAGUGUAACUGCGUGCAAGGUAGUUGCAGUUGUCAUACGACAUCGGGUGUAGAUCAGCCGGUCUGCACUGAAUCUAACGAUGAUAACGAUAACAUAUAUGGCGAAGGACCUUCAUGUUCAAAUACCAAUGAAUCGGCCUAGGACAUUUGAUAUUUCAGGUUUUGGUUGAAAUAAUCAUCAUUGGAACGUCACAUUGGUAUUUCUUGUGUACAUUAUUAAUGUUUAUGCAUGUGAGAGUGGAGACGGAACAAACAGAAUCGUGUUUCAAGAUUGAUGCAAUAUUUCAACCAGGAUUGAACAUUAUACAUAUAAUAAGAUACUUAAGAGUUAUUGAUUUUAUUGAUUUAAAAGUGGUUUUGUUUUUCAUUUUAGAUAAAUAUUUAAUCAUGUAACAAUAUAUUUAUGUACGAAUGUAUAUUCUUAAAACUGAAAACGAUUGUACGUCUAGAUUUUUGUGUGGGUACGCUAGGCGUAUAUGCCCAGUAAUAUUACAUUAUAUAUUAUAACUGUGUGUAAAAAUACAACUAUUAUUUAUAUGAGAAAACAUUAUAACGUAGUAAAUAUAAUUAUUAUAGUAUUCAUUCAUAACUAACUAUUGCGGUUUUCAACAUUACCAUAAGAACACAAUAUUAUUUUUAAUUAUCUACGCAUAAUGUAAGUGUAAUAAU